ACACACACAUGAGACUGAGAAUCUAACUUUAGGCUUCUCUAAUUAUGAUUCAUCAGAGACUUUAAUUAGGUUUCAAAAUUUUAAUAAAGAAGAAGAGUCAAAGUGAUUAUAUUAAAUGGUCACAGCUUUUAUUUUAUUUAUUAAGCUCUCGGGAGAGAGAAAGAAAAAGAGAAAGAGAGAGAGACAAUGCCGUUGGUGAGGUUCAAGAUACGGAACGAGCUAAGCUUAGGUGGGCCGGAGAUUCAACGUAGCGCCGCCGUGGAAGAUGAAGAACCUAAGGCGAUUCUCGGCGCUGUUGAAGUGGCUGGACUCAUCGGUAUCCUUCGUCAGUUAGGCGAUCUCGCUGAAUUUUCUGCAGAAGUAUUUAACGGCUUACAAGAAGAAGUAACUGUAACGGCAUCUAGGUGUCAGAAGUUGACAAGCCGUGUAAGACGGAUAGAGUCAGCGCUGUCACCUCUUGAAAAGGCUGUUCUCUCACAGACAAGCCACAUACAUUUUGCAUACACAGCAGGCUCUGAGUGGCAUCCUCGUAUAAGGAAUGGACAUAGUCAUUUUGUUCAGAGUGAUUUACCACUGUGUGUUAUGGAAAGUUAUGAACAAUGCAGAGAUCCUCCUCCGUUGCAUCUGCUUGAUAGAUUUGCCGAAGGUGGUCCUGGAUCGUGUCUGAGAAAAUACUCAGACCCAACAUUCUUUAGAAAGGAAUUAAGCAACCCCAGUAAAACAGAUGAUAUCAAAGUCCAGAGAGAUCAGGCUCACCGCAAAAGAAAGAAAAAGAGGUUACCACAAAGAAACAUUUGCAGAUCAAAUGCAGUGUCUACAUCUGACGAAACUAGUGGGGCUCAUCUCAGUAAUCUUACUGAUGACAGACAAACAACUUCUCAGAGUACGUCCACAGUUGACAUGCCACGUAGCUCUAAUAUGCAAGAUUUAUCUGAUACUGUAGACCAAUCUCAUCUGCAAGGGCAGUCAGAUGCGCAAGAACGAAGUGAAGCACAAGUACAAUCAGAUUUCCAAGAGUCAUCAAAAGCUCGCGAUUCUAUAACUGGUUCAGGUUAUAUCGAGUAUGUCAUCAAUCAAAGUCCUGUUAAUGAACCUGACGUGAAGCUAGUAGAAGGAUUUCUGUCUGGGUCCUUACAACCUGCUGAUAGAAUAGGUUCAGCUGUUCCUGCAGGCUGCAUUGAAGUUGUAGAUGAUAAUAUCCUAUAUAGCCCCUCAGAAGACCUACAUGUGCCUUGUGCUUCUAUUGUUUGUGAUGAGAAGAAAGAAACACUUGAAUCGAUGGUGGAGAAAAGCAGCGAAGAUGAUGAACCAUCAGAGAUACAUGAGUCAAAAUUUGGCCCAGUAACACCAGACAGGGUAAGGCAAAAUCAAAGGGACUUUGAUAGGACGUAUAUUUUGUUUGAUGAGGUAGAUAUUGUGGGAGAAAAACAAAGUAAGAGCCAGGCCAACAAUAUUAAUGGAACACUAGGCAUUGAGAACGAAGGAGAAAAUAAGAGUGAACAAGAGAGUGAAGCAGAUGAAUUUCUGGAUGCACGUAAUACAAUUGAAUCAGAAUCGGAGAGUGAUAUUGAUGGAGUACCAAAACCGAAACUGGAGCAUUACUUUGGGGAUAUUAGUACUUAUUGUUCGGAAGAUGCUAACAGUGAAAACAAUGAUGGAUCAGAAGAUAUACAAUAUGAAGAAAUGGCAAAUUAUCCACGCCAUGAAAAUUCUGAAGAUGAAUCUUGUUCAGGUUCUUAUUUUUUUGAAGAUUCAAAUGUGUCAUGUUGCAUGUCAGAUCCAGUGUGUGAGAAAACUCUGUCUCAUGAUGAGAAUUCUCAAAAGCCAUGGGAAUUUUUUGCCAGCUGCCCUUCGUUAUUGGCUGAAAAAGCCUUUCCGGAUGUAACAAUUUUGCGAGAAGAACCUGUUGCCGCACAUCCCUUGUUGGCAGGAGACUGGGCUAAUGAAAAGAUAUCAUCUGAAGAACCUAUUUUCCCAUACCCAUCUCUGAAAGAUGCUAUUCCUGCUGAAAAGAUCUUGCCAGAAGAACAUUUGGUCAACUAUCCAUCUCUCGCAGAAGCUAUUCCCCGUGAAAAGAUCUCGCCAGGAGAGUCUAUUGCCAAAUAUCCAUCUUUUGCAGAAAUCGUCCCCCAAGAAAAAAUCUUGUCGGAAAAGUCUCUUCCUAAAACUCCGUCUUUGGAAGAAGCUGUGCCUGACAAUAUGACCCCAGCAGGAGAACCUGAUGCUACUCAUCCAUCAUUUCCCGAAGCUGUUCAAGACAAGAAACUUUCACCAGAAGUUCUUGAUUCGAAAUUUUUUUCUGUGCCAGAAGCUGUUUCACAAGAGCCAAUCUCACUUGAAGAGUUUGAUGGGAUAUAUCCAUGUUUGGCUGAAGCUGUUCAUGAUGAAAGGUUCUUGACAGAAGAGCCUUCCACCACAUGUUUGUCUUUGACAAAAGCCAUCCCUAUCGAAAAAGUAUUGCCAGAAAAACCUUUGGAAUCGUCUCAAUAUUUGGCAGAAUUGACUAAAGAAGAGAUAUUGCAAGAAAAAACUGUUGAUUCUACACAUCCAUCUUGUGCCAAAGCUGCUGCAGAAACAAAUUUAUCACAAGAAGUUCUUGAUGCCUUAAACUUGUCUGUGACAGAAGCUGUUCCGCAAGAGAAAAUCUCACUUGAAGAAUUUGUUGGCAUCAAUCCGUGUUUGGUAGAAACGGUUCCUGAUGAAAGGCUCUUGCCAGAAGAACCUGUCACCACAUAUCUGUCUUUGACAAAAGCUGUGGCCAUUGAAAAGGUCUUGUCAGAAGAGAUUUUGGAAACAUAUCAUUCUUUGGCAGAAUUGCCUGAAGAAGAGAUUUCACAGGAAGAAACUGAUGAUGCCACACAUACAUCUGAAGCUGUUAGUGAUGAAGGAAUCUCCCCAGAAGUUUCUGAUUCCACAAAUUUGUCUCUUGAAAACGCUCUUCCACAAGAGCAAAUCUCACUUGAAGAAUUUGUUGGCAUAAAUCAGUGUUUGGCAGAAGCGGUUCCUGAUGAAAGGUUCUUGCCAGAAAAGCCUUUCGAAACAUAUUCUUCUUUGGCAGAAUUGCAGGAAGAAAAGAUUUUGCAUGAAGAAGCUGAUGAUGGUAUGCGCCCAUGUCUUUCUGAAGCUUUUACUGAUGAACAAAUCUCACCUAAAGUUCUUGAUUACACAAAUUCGCCUGUGGCAGAAGCUGUUCCACAUGAACAAACCACACUUGAAGAUUUUGUUGGCAGAGAUCCAUGUUUGGUAGAAGCUGUUCAUGAUAAGAGGGUUUUGCCAGAAGAACAGGUCACCUCAUGUAUCUAUUUAACAAAUGUGGUGCCUAUUGAAGAAGUCUUGCCAGAAGAACCUUUAGAUGUGUGUGCAUCUUUGGGAAAAUUGCCUAAAGAUAAGAUCUCACAAGAAAAAUCUGAUGAGGCUAUUCAUCCGUCUUGUGCCAAAACUGAAAGUCAUGAAAAUUUCUCACUGCAAGUUCUUGAUUCAUCAAAUUUGUCUGUGGCAGAAGCUAUUCCACGUGAGCAAACCACACUUGACGAAUUUGUUGGCGUAGAUCCGUGUUUGGGAGAAGCUGUUCUUGAUGAAAGGGUUUUGCCAGAAGAAAUUGACACCACAUGUCUGUCUUUGACAAAAGCCCCCCCCAUCAAAACAAUCUUUCCGGAAGAACCUCCCGAAGUGUAUCCUUCUUUGGAAGAAUUGCCAGAAGAAAAGAUCUCGCAAGAAAAAGAAGCUGCUCAUCCAUAUUUUUCUGAAGCUGUUUGUGAUGAGAAGAUCUCACCACUGGAAGAUCCUGGUUCCACACAUCCAUCUUUGGAAGAAUCCGAUACGUUCGAGGAAACCUCGCAUGAAGAACUUGUUGGAACAAAUCCAUUUUUGGAAUUAGCUGUUCCCAACGAAAUGGGUUUUCCAGACGAACCUGGCGUCACAUAUCGGUCUGUGGCAGAAGCUGUUUCUAAGGGAAAGAACUUGCCGGAAGAACCCUUACCUACUUAUCCGUCUUGGGCAGAUGUUGUACCUGAUGAAAAGAUCUCUGGAGAAGAACUUCAUUCCACAAAUCCAUCUUCUGCAGAAGCUGUGUUUGAUGAAAAUAUAUCAGGCUCAGAAGCUCCUGGUUGCACAACAGAAACCGGUCCACACAACAAAACCUUCCCUGAAGAACCUUUUGCCAUGGAUAUUUCCUUAAAUGAAGCAGUUUUUAAAGAAAAGAUCCCAGGCUCAGAAGCUUCUUGUUCCACAACAGAAACGGUUCCACACAACAAAACCUUCCCUGAAGAACCUUUUGCCAUGGAAAAUUCCUUGAAUGAAGCAGUUUUUGAUGAAAAGAUCUCAGGCUCAGAAGCUUCUAGUUCCACUACAGAAACUAAUCCACACAACAAAACCUUCACUGAAGAACCUUUUGCCACGGAAAAUUCCUUGAACGAAGCAGAUUUUGAUGAAAAGAUCCCUGGUUCAGAAGCUCCUGGUUCUGCAACCGAAACUGGUCCACACAACAAAUCAUUCCUUGAAGAACCUGUUGCCAGAGAUAUUUCCUUGAACGAAGCAGUUUUUGAUGAAAAGAUCCCAGGCUCAGAAGCUUCUUGUUCCACAAGAGAAACUGUUCCACACAACGAAACCUUCCCUGGAGAACCUGUUGCCACGGAUCUUUCCUUGGUCAAAGCUGUUUUUGAUGAAAGGAUCCCAGGCUCAGAAGAUUCUAGUUCCUCAAUAGAAACCGGUCUACACAACAAAACCUUCCCUGGAGAACCUGUUGCCACGGAGCUGUCCUUGACCGAAGCUGGUUUUGAUGAAAAGAUCCCCGGCUCAGGAGCUCCUAGUUCCACAACAGAAACUGGUUCACACAACAAAACUUUCUCUGAAGAACCUGUUCCCAACGAAAAUAUUCUGCCAAAAGAACCUGCUGCUGCAUAUCUGGCUUUGGCUGAAGGUAUUCCUGACCAAAAAGUAUUCUUGGAUGAUGCCGCACUUUUGUUAUUUGCAGAAGCUAUUUUCGAUCAAAAGUUUUCACCAGAAUUUCCAGAUUCCACGUAUCCUUCUUUAAAAGAACCAGAAAUGCAUGUUGCCGCACCAUCUUUAGUAACAGAUCUUCCUGCUAAAAACAUCAAGGUAAAAGAUGGUGAAGUACAUAAUGAACCUUACUCAGCAUCUGACGUUUCUAUGAACCAGAAGAGUGGUUUAUUGGAACCGGAGUCUACUGAAAGAACAAUUCCCUCGAGUGGUGGUACUGACACGAUUUCUCCAGAUACUCAGAAAUCUCUUCCAAAUGGUACAAGUGUUGAAUCAAUCAGUAUAUGGAGCAAUGGAGGACUCCUUGGACUUGCGCCAUUGAAACCUCCAGUUUUUGCUGAGCCUAAUGCUGGAAGCCAACAUAUACAGAACGAGAUCAACGAAGCUAGUGUUCUUUCGACAAGGACGCAGGAAUCAUCGAGCCGAUCAGUUGAAACUACUGAGAAGAGCUCACUUCCAUUAGUUGUUUCAGAUCCCACGUCUCAACAACACAGCAACAUGUCGAGGCUCUCUCCCAUGCAGAGCACUGGAACAUCAUUCAGAGUUUUUGGCUUAAGUCAUAGAUUACUCAUGGCUGGGUUUGGGGGAAACUCUUCUUCAACUUGCAAAUUUGAAUCCGUACCAAGUAGUAGCUAUGUUACCGGAGUAGCAUCUAUCGAAGACAAGACUCAGCAAACUCCUGGUGGCUCAAGCUUUGAGGAGCAAUUGGAUUAUGAAUCAUCUCUCUUUGGUUCGCCUACUUCAUCACCACCGGUUGAACAUAUGAAAAUAUCAUUCAACCCAAUAGAAGCCUCUCCAGUUCCUAAAUUGAAACUGAGAAUCCCAUGCCAACCUCGGUACAAUGGUGAAAAUGCGGAUAUGUUCCCUUCGUUUCAGUUGGUUCCAGAGGCUAGCAACUCUGAAGACGAUGACGACAACAGUGACACCUUUUGUCAGUCAUCUCCUUGUGCUUCUGACAAUUGUUUGUCAGAUUCUGAGCUAUGGGAAUCUGAUGAAAGCCCUAGAAAAUCCGUAUCAAGCUUGAAGCAAGUUGAAGAGAGAAGUAGACAUGGUGAUAUGGGUUCUUUUUCUGGUUCGUUUCUUGAUCUUCCAUGUUACGACGCUGUAGAUCAUCAAUCCACAUCUUCAAGACUAGAGCCAGAACAAGUUCCAGAAUACAAACCAUCUGUCUCAGAGAUCAUCCGUCAUUGGCCACCAAACCAACCAAAAAGCAGUCCCAGUAAUGAAGCAAACUUAGAUGCAAACACGGUUCUGAAGAAAACGCAAGAUCAAUCUCUCGGGCUAGUUGCUACAGAUGACGACGGUGAAAGAUAAAUCGGUGAUAGUGUUUGUCUUGAUGAACAUAAAACCAGAAGGAUCUAAUUGAUUUUUUGUUGUACAUUCCUCUCUGUCAUUUCAUUUUUCAGAAAACAAACAAUAGAUGACACUUAAACGACGAUCUUGAAGUCGUCAUUAAAUUUAGAAGGUGACAUCAGGAACGAUUCCGAGCUCCUUAAAGGCAGCGG